GGCUGGAGCUGCUCCGGCUGUCAGGUGGGGAGGGGGGGAGGCGGGCUGAAACUUGGAGCAGGAAGUGAACUCAGGGCCGCCCUCGGAGGAGACAGACUAGGCGAGUUCUGCUGCUGACUGGCCUGAGCUGCUGAGACAUGGAGGAGGCCAGUGGAGGUGAAGGAAAUGACCGAGUGCGGAACCUGCAAAGUGAGGUGGAGGGAGUCAAGAAUAUUAUGACCCAGAAUGUGGAGCGGAUCCUGGCCCGAGGAGAAAACCUGGACCAUCUUCGCAACAAGACAGAGGAUCUGGAAGCCACAUCGGAGCACUUCAAGACAACAUCGCAGAAAGUGGCUCGGAAGUUCUGGUGGAAGAACGUGAAGAUGAUUGUCCUCAUCUGUGUGAUCGUUUUUAUCAUCAUCCUCUUCAUUGUGCUCUUUGCCUCUGGUGUCAUUCCCUCUUAGGAUGACACCGCCCCGCCCUCCUCUUCCAGACAUCCCUCCAUGGUGGGCGUCAAGAAGGGCCCCCUCUCCCGUCCUUCUCCACAGGGAAUGCUGCUCAGCCCUCUGCCCCUCACUCUGAGGCCCUCUGCUACGUUGUCUGCCCCAGGAAGUAUACCUUGAUCCCCUGGAAGGAGAGAGCUGGACUGUGGCCACAUUCCCCAGGUCCUCAGGGGAGAGCCCAGCAUGAGGCUGGGACACUGAUGGUGGCUGGUAGGCAAUAAAGACCCUUCAGGAUCCCUA